AAGCCAAAUGCAGUGUAAACCCAUUCUUGUUUGUCGCUCCUCUCUGUCUUCUCUCUAGUUUUGUCUAGGUUAAGCACGGAAAUUCUCUCCCAUGGCGGUUGAAGCCAAUUCUAAUCUUCUCCUUCUCCCCCAAGAAUUCUCCGAUUUUAUUCCGUUGGGCAUGGAAAAUUGCAGAGAUUUCAUGAGUACUAAGCCAAGGUUGGCCGGAUAUCAGAGCAUCUUCCCGUUUAAUCGAUCUCGGCCGGUGAAGACGGCGGUGAAUGGCGCCGCCGGGAAUAGUGUUCAGCAACCAUCGCUUCAGGGGAAGCGAUCUAGAGAUUCUCUCGAUCUCUAUAAUCCGUCCCCUGUUUUUCCAAAGAACACACAAAUUGCCGCUGUCGCCGGUGAUGAUUUCUUGCAAUCGGAGAUAGACAAAAUCGUCUCGCAUCAUACGAAGAAACUUAGGAUGGAAUUUGAGGAGAGGCAGAAACAGACGGCGAGGAAUCUAAUGGCGUCGAUCGGAGAAGGGAUGGUGAAGAAACUGAGGGAGAAAGACGAAGAGAUCCAAAGAAUGGGGAAAUUAAAUUUAGCCCUACAAGAAAGGGUGAAGAGUCUUUACGUGGAGAAUCAGCUAUGGCGGGACAUGGCGCAGACGAACGAGGCCGCCGCAAAUUCCCUCCGGAGCAAUCUUGAACAAGUCCUCGCCCACGUCGCCUCCGACGUCUCCUUCCCCGCCGCCGCCGCGCCGGUGGAGGAAGACGCCGAGUCCUGCUGCGGAAGCAGCGAUCACGGCCGCGGAGACCCGGAGGUCUCCACGGCGAUGCCGGAGUGGCGCACCCCCGUAACGGAUCCUCAGGACAGCAACAACGGCGCCGGCGCCGUCGGCCGGAUUUGCCGGCGAUGCGGCGAGAGAGAAUCGAGUGUUUUGCUGCUGCCGUGUCGGCAUCUCUGCCUCUGCACAGUGUGUGGGUCCACCCUGAUACGAUGUUGCCCAGUAUGUAACUCUAACAUGAAUGCCACUGUUCACGUUAACAUGUCUUCUUGAUGAUAAAAAACAAAAAAAAAAAAAAAAAA